AUGGCAGAUGCAAAACCUGUUACAGUGAUGCGACUAAUGAAAUUUGCUUUUGCUCGCUUUAGAAUAUAUGCAAUAAUCGUUGCUUCAAUCUCUUCAGAACACAUGAGCGAUUGUUCCCGGAGAGGAAGCACCCCUGAGAUUAUUACCAGACGGGGCUUCUGCUUGGGCGUCCUUACUGAUGGCGUCGACCGCAAUUCCGAGGCCUUUGCUACAAACUCUAAUUCCAUGGCGGACUUGAUUUCCGAACUCCAAUCUCAUGUAGCCAAGGUACUUUCGGGUGGUGGAGCCGAGGCAGUGAGGAGGAACAGGAGUAGGAAUAAGCUUCUACCCAGGGAAAGAAUUGAUCGCCUAAUUGAUCCUGGCGCUUCAUUCCUUGAGCUUUCACAGCUUGCAGGGCAUGAAUUAUAUGGAGAACCUCUGCCUUCUGCCGGGAUUAUUACUGGAAUAGGUCCAGUGCACGGGCAGCUUUGUAUGUUUGUCGCAAAUGAUCCUACGGUUAAGGGAGGGACUUACUAUCCCAUUACUGUUAAGAAACAUCUUAGGGCACAGGAGAUUGCUGCUCAAUGCAAGUUGCCCUGCAUAUAUCUUGUUGAUAGUGGAGGUGCUUUCCUUCCGAAGCAGGCUGAUGUCUUCCCAGACAAAGAAAACUUUGGAAGAAUAUUCUAUAACCAGGCUAUCAUGUCGGCUGAAGGCAUUCCACAAAUUGCACUGGUAUUAGGUUCUUGCACUGCGGGGGGUGCCUACAUACCUGCCAUGGCUGAUGAAAGUGUAAUGGUCAAGGGAAAUGGAACCAUUUUUUUGGCAGGGCCUCCUCUUGUGAAGGCUGCAACUGGGGAAGAGGUCUCCGCCGAGGAUUUGGGGGGUGCAAGUGUUCACUGCAAGACAUCAGGUGUUUCAGAUUAUUUUGCUCAAGAUGAACUGCAUGCACUGGCUCUUGGGAGGAACAUCAUCAAGAACUUGCACAUGGCUGGGAAAGACGUCUUGGGAAAUGGAUUGCAAAAUGUAAAAUAUGAAUAUAAAGAGCCUCUAUUUGAUGCCAAUGAACUUCGCUCUAUUGCUCCAACUGAUCUUAAGCAGCAAUUUGAUAUUCGAUCAGUUAUUGCUCGGAUUGUAGAUGGAAGUGAAUUUGAUGAAUUCAAAAAAUUAUAUGGCACUACUCUUGUAACAGGCUUUGCAAGAAUAUUUGGACAGCCUGUUGGAAUUCUUGGAAACAAUGGAAUUUUAUUUAAUGAAUCUGCUCUAAAAGGGGCUCAUUUCAUUGAAAUAUGUACUCAGCGAAACAUUCCUUUGGUCUUCCUUCAGAACAUCACUGGGUUUAUGGUUGGCUCAAAAUCUGAGGCAAAUGGCAUAGCAAAAUCUGGAGCAAAAAUGGUAAUGGCUGUUUCUUGUGCAAAGGUACCUAAAAUCACUGUAGUUGUUGGUGGGAGCUUUGGUGCUGGAAACUAUGCAAUGUGUGGUCGUGCAUACAGCCCCAAUUUCAUGUUCUUUUGGCCAAAUGCUAGAAUAUCUGUGAUGGGUGGUGCUCAGGCUGCUGGAGUGCUUGCCCAAAUUGAGAAAGC